AUGGGCAACAAGGGCAAGAUGGUUAUGGACUUCACCGGCAAGGUGGUUCUCAUCACCGGCGCAGCCUCUGGGAUUGGGUUAGCUACGGCGAAAAUGUUUUCUCAGCUGGGGGCUUGUCUGACUCUUGUGGAUCAAGACGAGAAAGGCCUUAUGAGCAUUCUAAAAAAAUGUCUAAAUAUUGGAUACGAGCCGUUUGGUAUUUGCGGGGAUUUGCUCGUACCGGAGGAGGUCGAGUGCGUUGCCCAGAAGACCAAAGAACGCUUUGGCGGCAAACUGGAUGUACUGGUCAAUGGUGCGGGUAUCAUGCAUGAGGGCACUUUGCAGAGCACAGAGCUGGCAUGCUUCUCUCAUGUCAUGAAUACCAAUGUCACAUCAGCGUUCUACCUGUCGAAGCUUCUGCUUCCCCAGUUGCUCCGAUCCAAAGGGUGCAUAGUCAAUGUGUCCGGUGUCUGUGGGCUCCGGACUUUCCCCGAUAGAUUAUCGUACAAUAUGUCCAAGGCGGCAUUGGACCAGUUUACCAAGUCCAUGGCUCUGGAUUUUGGUAAGAAUGGUCUUCGGGUGAAUGCUGUUAACCCUGGGUUCAUUCGCACAAAUCUUCACAAGGCCUCUGGGAUGGAUGACGAGACCUACGCGAAUAUCGUAAAAAGUUCCGAAAAAUCUCAUGCUCUGGGCAGAAUUGGAAAACCCUCGGAGGUGGCUUCUGCCAUUUGUUUCUUGGCCAGUCCCCUGGCCAGUUUUGUUACGGGUGUCACGUUGCCCGUGGACGGAGGCAAGCAAGUCAUGUGUCCUGUGUAACCACUUUUUCGAAAAUCGACAAGUUCCUGACAGUUCAACCAUUAUUUAUUUUUGCAUUCGCCUUGUUGCACUUUGGAUUCGAAUUCAAUUGGUCCUGAUCAAGCCUCCAAAUGUUUUUCAAUAUAAUUCCACAUUCGAAACUUCAACGGGAUGGCUAUAAUCGAAAAUAUUCAAAAAUUAUUAAAACCGAUUCAGUUUCAAUGGAAUUGUGUAGAGCUGUGGUUUAAUUUAGGAGUAAAGAAAUCAUUUUUAUAAACUUUCAAAUAAAGAAACCUUGAGUUUUUUAAAUUA